AUGAAUGAGGCCGUGAUCGGAUUCAUAUCGUGCAUCAUAUCGUGUAUCGCUUUUGGCUUUAUGUUUGCUCCGCUGCAUAAGUUCGACAGCAAAGAUGGAUUAUACGUGCAAUGGAUACAAUGCGCCAUUGUAUUCCUCCUCGGCUUCAUAAUAAACAUCGUAAGAGGCUUCCCGUCCUUCAAUCCGAUCGCUAUGAUUGGUGGUUUUCUUUUAAUUUUAGGUAAUAUAGCAUCAGUUCCACUCAUCAAUCACCUUGGCAUCGGCGUUGCCAUGUUGGUUUGGAGUUCUGUACAGGUAUUAGUUGGCUGGGGAGUAGCGCGAUUCGGUUUUUUCGGUACACAUCCGCAAUUGGUUUACAAUAAUGCAAUGAACGUCGUUGGACUGCUUUUCGUUCUACUCAGUGGAUUUAUAUUUGUUUUCGUGAAACAUAAGAAUCAGGAAGGAUAUCCUAUCACAGAAGGUAAUGUAAUUUCAAUGCAACAAGUAGGAGACACUUCGGCACAACAGCAAAUUGACACUGCUCAUACAACAAAAACAAAAGUAAGAUAUCUCGGGUUAUCCGUACUUUUGGGAAUUCUUCAUGGUUUGAUGAUGACUCCUAUUGUAUAUAUUCAAGAUAAUGAUUCAAAUGCAUCUCCUAAUGUCUUGGACUAUGUUUUCCCACAUUUCUGUGCAAUAUUUUCUUGUUCAACCGCAUAUUUCAUUGCCUAUUGCAUAUGGAUGAGGGGUCGCAUAUAUGCUCCAACAGAACUGAUACUACCCUCAGCUGCUUAUGGAGUAUUAUGGUGUACUGGAAUGACACUGUGGUUUGUUUCAAAUCGUAUGCUAUCACAAACUGUUAGCUUCCCAAUCACUAUGCGGCUGCCAUCAACAAUUGGAAUUCUAGCGGAUGUGCUGCUUUUUAAAGAUAUCAAAGGCAAAAAAAAUUUGACGGUCACAUUUUCGGCAGUUGCUAUUGGUUUAAUCGGUAUACUGCUAAUCGCAUUUUCAAAUCAGUAA